GAACAAAGCCAAAGCCCAAAUAAAGAAUUACAGCUCGAGUUUUUAAAGACAGCUACCGAACCUUACCUGAAAAUCUUGGCAAAUUGGCAAGAAACUUAUUCGUUGCGAAGAAAAUUGUACCUUAAUUCCAACUUGGAAACGAUUUUCACAGACUUUCCAUGUCUUAGGUUGAGUAGUGGCAUUGAACUGAUAGAAACAGAUUUCAACCAAAAAUUUCCUGAUAAAAUAGAUAUUAUAUAUACAACAUGGCCUAAAGUGAUGAAUGCAAUUAAUAAAGAGGCAGCGGAACGAAAUAUUUCAAUAGCUGAAGUUGCAGAUCCCAGUUUAAAAGCAUUAAUUACUUUACCAUUCCUAUUUCAACCUGUAACGUUGAAAAAAAAUAGAAAAGGUGUUAGUUGGAGACCUACAAGGGUGGAAGUGCAGGAGAGCUUUUUUAUGCGAAUUUCUAAUUUUGACGAAUUACAAGAAAAAAGAUCAUCCAGACGUCAAAAAUUGUCAACGUAUGGUAUAUCGGACCAGCCAUAUGCUUGCGUAGCGGGGAAUUUGGAGGCUGUAAACAACUUCUACAUUGUCGUGGUAAAUGAUGUUGUUUACAAAGUAGACAGUAGCAUUAGAGCUCUGGAAUUAUUAUUUAAAUUAUACCACGCUUUGGAUGUGGAGUAUCCUGCAGAAUCCGAGCAUAUUUGGCUAUUUAUCCAAGAGAUUGUUUUUAAUAUAAAAUCAAGUAAGUCAAGUCCUGCAACCACUGCGCUUAUUACAGACGUACAAUACCAUAUGUAAAUAGUAUUUUGUUUUUGUUUUUUUGUUAAAUUUUUGUAUGCGCGUUCUUAAUUUUUUACAUAAUGCCAAAAUGUAAGGUAUGUUCAACAAUAUUUCAGAAUAUUAAUUCACUUAUAACUCAUAUGAGAAUUCUACAUAGGGCUCAAGACAAUGAUUCCUUUAUUUGCGGUGAACCGUUGUGCAAUAGAAAUUUUUCAUCGCUAAGAACUUAUAGACAACAUCUAAAAGUACAUGUUGAAUGCGUUCCCAUUAAUGAACGGAAUACGACUGUGGACAAUAGUAUACUGGCAACAAAUUUAGAAGUGCAAUGUAACGAUUCAAAUACUAACGCAAGCAUUAUUUCUCAACAAAUAAAUCAACAGAUUAAUGACAUUGAAAAUAAUCUUGAAAGUACCACUUUCCAAAACAGUUUUUUUGACUUUGCAGACAUAUUAAAAAAAAAUAAGCUAUUAUUUCUAUGCCAAAUUUAUAAUGUAAACACCUUCAAUAGGAAGGAUGUAGAUAACAUUAUGAAUAUGGUGUCAAAUUUACUUUUAAAACCUCUUGACAUGCUUAAAAAAUUUUGCGUAAAUCUUGAUUCGCUGUCAGAACGAGAUAAGUUUGAGUUCAAAAAGUAUUUUAAUGAAUUUGAGAAUAUGUUUAGCAAUUUUGAGAGUGACUACUUACGUCUGAAGUACUUAGAACAAGCAGGCUCGUUUGUACCCCCAACGCAACUUAUCAUUGGACAACAUUUGGAGAAAUCAGACCCAAUUGCCAAAAAUUAUACAGCACAAUUUAUUUCAUUAAAAGCUAUACUACAAAAAUUCUUUGCUUUAGAUAAUGUUUUAGAUGACACUUUGACGUAUAUCAGUUCAUUAGAAAAAAAAUCAGGUGUAUCUAACAUAAUACAGACAAAAUUUUGGAAAGACAAGAUUUCAUGUUAUGAUGCACAUGAUAUAGUUUUGCCACUGUUUUUAUAUUAUGAUGACUUUGAGGCGGGAAACCCUUUGGGAUCACAUGCUGGGGUGCAUAAAAUUGGAACCAUUUAUUUCUCCAUUCCCUGUUUGCCUAUAUACUAUCGAAGUCAGUUAGAGAAUAUAUUUUUAACCCAAUUAUUUCAUUCGUCAGAUCUAAAGUCGUUUGGGGAGGCAGUAAUGUUUUCAAAACUAGUAGACGAAUUAAAUGAACUCAAACGUCAAGGUAUAAAAGUAUCAACCCCUCAGCGUGAAGUACAUUUGUAUUUUUGUAUGACUCUCAUCCUAGGAGAUAAUUUAGGUCUAAAUACUAUCUUAGGGUUUCAGCAAAGCUUUGUGGCAAAUUCUUUUUGUAGAUUUUGCAAGUGUCUUCGCACAGAGACACAAAGUUUAUUUGAAGAGAAUUCCUCAUUUCUAAGAAACGUACAAAAUUAUACAGCCGAUGUAGCCGAAUAUAAUGCAUAUUUAACCGGUGUAAAGUAUUCAACCAUUUUAAAUAACGUCGACUCCUUUCAUGUUACUUUGAAUUUUUCUGCAGAUUUGGCCCACGAUAUUUUUGAAGGUGUUGGUGUCUUUAUCAUGAGCCAUUUAUUAUACGAGUUUGUUUUAGUCGAUAAAUUUUUUGAUAAUGAUACAUUGAACCAUAAAAUAGAAUAUUUUAAUUUUAAUAGAAAUGACAACAAGCCUCCUGUAAUAUCUCUGGAAUCAAUAAAGAAGAAAAUAUUGAAAAUGUCUGCUUCUGAAAUGAAGUGCUUUAUUUUAAACUUUUCACUUAUGAUGGCACAUUUAAUACCAGAAGGUAAUAAACACUGGAAUAUUUAUCUUCUGUUACGAGAUGUUCUACACAUUGCUCUAAGUUUACGUGUUACACCAGAUCAACCAAUAAAACUAAAAUCAUUAAUUUACGAAUUAUGUUUUCAAUUCAAGGACUUGUUUUCAGUAUUACUAAAACCUAAAUUUCAUUUUUUGACACAUUAUCCUACAAUUAUGGAAAAGAUUGGACCAUUAUCACAAACAAAUACACUUAGGUAUGAAUCUAAACACAGACAAUUGAAACUAGCUGCAAACGUCAUUUCUUCAAGAGUGAAUAUUACCCGUUCAUUAGCCAUUAAACAUCAGCUUCAAUUGUCAUUACGGUUUUCCUCAAAUACUGGAUUUACCAAUUCAAUUAAUUAUUCUAAGAGCUUUAAAAAGUACUCUAGUAUCACCGAUUUGUACAAUAAAAAGUUUGCAAAUCAUUCAAACGUAUCUGAAAAUUUAAAAAUGUUUGAAGAUAACAUAAUAAGAGUUGGCAGAAUCUCUACCAAUAGCAUAGCUUUUCAAGAAGGUGAUAUUAUUCUUAUCGAUUUUCAGGAUCAACCUACAUUUGGCAAAAUUAGGGAUAUUAUUAUUAACCAAAGUGAGAAGAUAUGUUUUAUAUGUGAAUUGUUGCAUACUAUUGGUUUUAAUCGUCACUUUUACGCUUUUGAAGUUGAACUUACUGAUAGUGUGGCAUUGACAUAUGGCAAUGAAUUAGAGUGUUAUAAUACGCAUACAAUAAUAGUUAAAGAGAAUAAGCAAUUUAUUUCAUUAUACUAACAUUAUAAAGAAUUAAAAAAAUUGUUGAAUUCUAUAUAUUAUAGGUAUAUAGCGAUGUAAUGUAUCUACUUGUAAUUAACAUUUUCUUCGUUCACCACACCACCAUACUUUAGUUAAGUUAUAUAAAGUUAAGGUUUUUGUUGUAAAAUAUUGCUUAUUAUAGUCAGCAAUAAAAAAGAUUUACCCAAUUUGAAUUUUCAUUUACCAAUCACAAUGGAAGUGACAUUGUUAGGCGAUACCUUUUAUUUGAAACAGAAUCACAAAGGAGCGCAAUACAUAGUACGAAUA